AUGGUGCGACUCAACCUGGCAGUCGUCGCUCUGGCAGCUGGUGCGCUCUCUGCUUCUGCUUCUGCUUCCUCCUCAGCCACGCCAUUACGAGGUCUCUUGACAGACGCUGCAAAGUAUCAACCCACAAAAGACGCCCAAUCGCAGCUGCGCUGGAAAUGCCUUGACGGUUCCAAGGAGCUUUCCUGGUCAGCUGUAAAUGAUGACUACUGCGAUUGCCCAGAUGGAUCUGACGAACCGGGCACGUCUGCCUGUCCCAACUCGAGCUUUUACUGUCACAAUACGGGCCACAUGCCUGCCUACAUACGUUCCAGCCGCGUAGACGAUGGUAUCUGCGAUCCCGAAUGCUGCGACGGCUCCGAUGAAUCCGACGGCAAGAUCCGCUGCCCCAACCGAUGCGAAAAAGUCGGCAAGGAAUACCGCAAAAAGCUAGCCGAGCUCGACAACCUUCGUCGUGCGGGCGCCAAGGUGCGCGACAAGUAUAUCGCAGAAGGUCGCAAGCAAAAGGAACUGCUCCAUGCCGAGAUCGCCAAACUUGAGAUCGAGGUACAAGUGGCCACCGAGAACGAAGCCAGAUUCAAGGCCGAACUGACACGCGCAGAGACGUCGGACAAAGCGCUGAUCGAUGCCAAAGUCAAGACGCCGCUAUACACAAAGCUCGUUGACUAUCAGAAUGCGAUCAGGGCAUUGCAUGUUAAGAACGCCGCUCUCAAGGCCGAGUUGCAGACGCUGACGCUCUUACUCGAUGAUCUCGCAAAGGGCUACAACCCCAACUAUCAGGAUAUGGCGGUCAAGGGUGCCGUUGUUGCGUACAAGGAAUGGCGCGGUAUCGCCUCUGCUGCUGCUGCUGCUACCGCCACCGGUGAGGUCAAGGAGGAAGGCGAGAACAAUGUCGAUCAGAUCGCUGGCGAGAACACCAAGCUCAACGAGCUCUUGGACGAAGGAGACUGGCCUUGGGCCAAGCUUUCGACUUUGUUGAGUGACGAUCCGCUCGAUCUGAUGGAUCGAGGUCUUGGCGGUGCAUUGGACGACAAGCGUGUGUAUGCUAGCGAAACUGACGGCGGUCUACUCUUCCGCAUCCACGAAUACCUUCCGGACGGCAUCGUGCCGUACUUUGAAGCCAUGGUCGACACUCUGUUGGACGUGCUCAUGAAGGCCAAUGUCAUCACGGAUGUCAAGCGCAUGCGACCCAAGUCGUCUGUGGGCUCCGAGUCGGAACCUGAGACCGUCUCGGUGGCGCGACGCGCGCACACGGAUGCAGCCGCGCACCUCUCGCGCACCACACACGAGCUCUCAAGCCUCAAACAGAAGCUCUCGGAAUUCUCCACGCGCUACGGCCGCUCCGCCGAGUUCAAGGCGCUGGAGAACAAGUGCUUCUCGAAAGACAUGGGCGAAUACACAUACGAAUACUGCUUCUUCGGUCGCGCCACACAGAUCCCCAACAACGGAGGCGCGCAAAUCUCGCUCGGCACCUUCACCAACUUCAAUCCCAAGCACGACAAGUCUGCAGACGAGGAUGCAUACUGGUUGCAACAGAUCUAUGCUCGAGGUCAGAAAUGCUGGAACGGUCCUGAGCGCAGUGCAAUCGUCGACCUCGAGUGCUCUACUGAGAACAAGGUGCUCGACGUGUUCGAGGCCGAAAAAUGCAUCUACUCGAUCAAGGUCGCCACCCCGGCGGUCUGUUUCCCGCCUCAACAGCAGCAGGCGCAACAGACGCAACAGGACGGCGGACAUCAGGUCAAGGAUGAACUCUGA